AUGGCUUUUGUUUUCCUUAUCUGUGAGAAUGAGCAAGCCCUCUCGGAGGAAGGGAGGUGGCGUUCGAUUAUAAAGCCGCUUGUUCCGAAGCUGUCGCUGCCGCGGCGCCCGCACGGGCACGCAGCUUUCUGGAUAAACGUGUCGGUACGGUGCUGUGUAGGAAAGGAUGCUGGUUUGAAUGGCUCUCAAAGCAAGUACCUGCACUCUGUUAACCUCGUCUGGUACUUCUGGCACAAGCCAGCUUUCAGGCAGUGGUCUUUAAACAUCAUUGUGCACGAGUCUGCUCUAUCACAAAUGCUCCUAUCCUACAGCCCAAUUGAUGAGUACAAGCCCCUAGAUGCCACCACAAACCCAUCUCUCAUACUAGCUGCGGCUCAGAUGCCAGCUUACCAGGAACUUGUGGAUGAUGCUGUUGCCUAUGGGAAAAAACUUGGCGGGUCAGAAGAGGAGCAGAUCAAAAAUGCCUGUGACAAACUUUUUGUAUUAUUUGGAGCUGAAAUAUUGAAGAGGAUACCUGGCCGUGUGUCCACAGAAGUAGAUGCAAGGUUGUCCUUUGACAAGGAAGGAAUGAUUCAAAGGGCCAGGCGUCUCAUUGACCUUUAUAAGGAAGCAGGAAUUGGUAAAGAUCGUAUUCUCAUAAAGCUCUCUUCAACAUGGGAAGGAAUCCAGGCUGGCAAGGUUCUGGAAGCAGAGUAUGGGAUUCACUGCAACAUGACCUUGCUGUUCUCCUUUGCUCAGGCAGUUGCCUGUGCUGAAGCUGGAGUUACUCUGAUUUCCCCAUUCGUAGGACGUAUCCUGGAUUGGUAUAUUGCAAAUGGAGAUAAGAAAACCUAUGAGCCUUCAGAGGAUCCAGGAGUGAAGAGUGUCACUAAGAUCUAUAACUACUACAAAAAGUUUGGCUACAAAACUAUCGUGAUGGGUGCUUCCUUUCGAAAUACAGGAGAAAUAAAAGCGCUUACAGGCUGUGACUAUCUCACUAUUUCACCCAAGCUUUUGGCAGAGCUCAGCAAAGAGUAUGUCAAGUUAACUCCCACACUCAGUGUAAAAGAGGCUCAGGCAUGUGAGCUUGAGAAGAUCCAUCUGGAUGAGAAGGCAUUCCGCUGGCACCAUAAUGAAGACCAAAUGGCUGUGGAGAAAUUAUCCGACGGGAUCAGAAAAUUUGCUGCAGAUGCAAUUAAACUGGAGAGGAUGUUAAAGGACCGAAUGUUCAGUGCUGAAAAUGGAAAGUAGAAAAAUCGGAAUUCUCCUGAAUGGUCAAGGCUGAAUGAGUGGAUCACCUGAGGUUAAAUGGAUGUACAAAGUCUUACGUGUAAAAGUCUUAUGCUAUGUAUGGAUAGAUUUCUGUAUCAUGCUUUUUUAUCAAUUUGCAAAGGGACGAAUAGAAUUUCAAAUUUUUGUGGCACUUUUGUCAAUACAUGCAAAUUAACAC